AUGGAUUACCCCAAGCUACUCGGUCCCUCAAAGGAAGGGGUCUUUACAAUUCAUUUAGGGAAUUCGGAAAAUAGAAUUGACUUCGAGUAUAUUGAAAGAAUGCACGAACUCCUUGAAAAGAUUGAGGCAACAGAGGGACCCACUGCAUGCGUAUUGGGUGGAGACGGGAAGUUUUUUAGCAAUGGAUUAAACAUCGACAUGCUGAUGGCCAAGCCGAAGGAGCUCAUUGGGUCAUUUCAAAGACUCCUCAGCCGCUUACUGUCCUUUCCUGUUCCGGUUGUUGCGGCUGUAAACGGCCAUGCGUUUGGAGGAGGCGCAAUGAUUGCACUGGUGUGCGAUUUUAGAGUCAUGAGCAAAAGCAGGGGCUUCCUGUGUAUGAAUGAAGUGGAUAUUGGACUACCCCUAACACCAGGAAUGUGCGCGGUGGCGAAGAGCAAAUUGGACAGGAGUUUAUGGACUCCCACCAUUUUAGGUGCGAAAAGGUGGGGAGGAGAAGAAUGCCUAAGAAACCGCAUUGUUGAUCUGACCUGUGACCCAGGGGAAGUGUUGGCACAGGCGCAGGCCCUUGCUCGGAAGGCGGCUCCAAAGGGAGCGACGAAAGCAAUUUAUCGGGGUUUGAAGGAAGAAAUGUAUGGGGAGGAGAUUCGUCUCCUUUCCUCUGGACUCGGCAGUGCCACCCAGCAGUUGACCAUCCAAAUUAAGAAUCUCUCAAAAAUGUAA